UGGUCUAUCAUUCCUUUCACUAGGAGACAUUCACAGAAAUGUCAAACUCUACCUCGUCAGUUGAAGUUUUGAUGACCCCGUACCUCCAUUUCGUCGGAGGCGACUACUUGCUUUUCAAGUCUUUGCGACCUGCCUCGCACGGUGCCAUUGCCGGGGCUUGUAUUGUACUUGUCCUCCUAUCGAUAUUUGAGCGAUUGCUUGCGGCAGGACGUGGUAUUAUGGAGGAUCAUUGGAAGCAAAGGAUCCUUGCCAUGACUUCGCAUCGCUUUGCGAGACCGACAUCCGACGCUGGAUUAGAUAGCGACGGGAGCAGCGAAGGCAAGGAGAAAGUAGCUGCAGGCAUCGAGCAAGUCCUGCUCAAGUCGGCCAGUAGUCGACCUGACCUUCGCAGAGCUCGCCUUAUCGCCCCCUUCAUUCCUUCCCAUGACUUGACUCGUGGCGCUUUGUAUACCCUUCAGGCGCUCCUGUCGUAUGCUCUCAUGUUGGUCGUCAUGACAUUUCAGGCUGCAUACAUCAUUGCGAUCAUCGUGGGAUUGGGUACAGGAGAAAUCUUGUUUGGCCGCUUCAGCGGGCACUCCGUCCACUAAAUGAGGCUUGAUUGUUUGAAUGGGCACCCACGACGAUAAACUUAUACGACAAGAGACAUGGGAUGUUUUCUCGAGAUUCAAUAAGGAUUAUCUGCAUGUAUACCUUGUACGAGCUGUUGCAGUGGAUUUGGAUGCUAUUUUUUGUCUUG